AUGGCUCCAGCCAUCUCACUGAAGUGGCUGAUCCAAGAGGAGAUCCAGGAAAUCAGUGAAAAGCAUGACCAACGGAAUGAUCUGGAAAAGCUGUCUUACUACUUCACGGUUCUUUUUGGCCAUGAAGGUCAGAAGCCGCUGGAGCUGCGCUGUGAGGAGGAGCAGGACGGCAGGGAGUGGAUGGAAGCUAUCCACCAGGCCAGUUAUGCAGACAUUUUGAUCGAGAGAGAGGUGCUAAUGCAGAAGUACAUCCAUCUGGUCCAGAUCGUGGAGACAGAGAAGAUUGCAGCCAACCAACUCCGACAGCAGCUUGAGGAUCAAGACACAGAGAUUGAGAGGCUGAAAUCAGAGAUUAUCGCUCUGAAUAAAACCAAAGAACGAAUGCGACCUUACCAAAGCAACCAAGAAGACGAGGAUCCGGACAUCAAGAAGAUUAAGAAGGUGCAGAGUUUCAUGCGUGGCUGGCUGUGCAGGAGGAAGUGGAAAACCAUUGUGCAGGACUACAUCUGCUCCCCACACGCUGAGAGCAUGCGGAAGAGGAACCAGAUAGUGUUCGCCAUGGUGGAGGCCGAGGCAGAGUAUGUGCACCAGCUCUGCGUGCUGGUCAAUGGCUUCCUGCGGCCUCUGCGCAUGGCCGCCAGUUCCAAGAAACCCCCCAUCAGCCAUGAUGAUGUCAGCAGCAUCUUCCUCAACAGUGAAACGAUCAUGUUUCUUCAUGAAAUAUUUCAUCAAGGACUGAAAGCAAGGAUAGCAAACUGGCCCACUUUAAUUUUAGCUGACCUGUUUGACAUCCUGCUGCCCAUGCUGAACAUCUACCAGGAGUUUGUGCGCAACCACCAGUACAGCCUGCAGGUGCUGGCCAACUGCAAGCAGAAUCGGGACUUCGAUAAGUUGCUCAAACAAUACGAGGCCAACCCAGCCUGCGAGGGCCGCAUGCUGGAGACCUUCCUCACCUACCCCAUGUUCCAGAUCCCCAGGUAUAUCAUCACGCUGCACGAGCUCCUGGCUCAUACGCCCCAUGAGCACGUGGAGAGGAAGAGUCUGGAGUUCGCCAAAUCCAAGCUGGAGGAGCUGUCCAGGGUGAUGCAUGAUGAAGUCAGUGACACUGAGAACAUCAGGAAGAACCUGGCCAUUGAGCGGAUGAUCGUGGAGGGCUGUGACAUCCUGCUGGACACCAGCCAGACCUUCAUCCGCCAAGGCUCUCUUAUACAAGUGCCAUCCGUGGAGCGGGGAAAGCUCAGCAAGGUCCGUCUGGGCUCACUGUCCCUGAAGAAGGAGGGAGAGAGGCAGUGCUUCCUGUUCACCAAGCACUUUCUGAUCUGCACGAGGAGCUCGGGUGGGAAGCUGCACCUGCUCAAGACAGGCGGGGUCCUCUCCCUCAUGGAGUGCACGCUGAUCGAGGAGCCUGACGGUGGCGAGGAAGAUGCCAAAGGCUCAGGGCACGUGUUUGGGCACCUAGACUUCAAGAUCGUGGUGGAGCCCCCUGACGCUGCAGCCUUCACCGUGGUCUUGUUAGCACCUUCACGCCAGGAGAAGGCUGCCUGGAUGAGUGACAUAAGCCAGUGUGUGGACAAUAUCCGAUGUAAUGGUUUGAUGACUAUAGUAUUUGAAGAGAAUUCCAAAGUCACGGUGCCGCAUAUGAUUAAGUCUGAUGCCCGUCUCCACAAGGACGACACAGACAUCUGCUUCAGCAAGACACUCAACUCCUGCAAGGUGCCACAGAUCCGCUACGCCAGUGUGGAGCGGCUCCUGGAGAGGCUGACAGACCUGCGCUUCCUGAGCAUCGACUUCCUCAACACCUUCUUGCACACCUAUCGCAUCUUUACUACGGCCGCUGUGGUGCUGGGGCGGCUGGCAGACAUCUACCGGCGGCCCUUCACCUCCAUCCCUGUCAGGUCACUGGAAUUGUUUUUUGCAACCAGCCAGAACAGCAGAGGUGAACACCUGGUGGAUGGCAAGUCCCCGCGCCUGUGCCGCAAGUUCUCCUCCCCACCACCACUGGCUGUGUCCCGGACGAGUUCCCCAGUGAGAGCCCGAAAGCUGUCCCUGACAUCUCCCUUGAACCCAAGGAUAGGCGCUCUGGACCUGACCGCCUCCCCAUCAUCCGGAAGUCCCACUGCCAGCCACAGCCCCACCGCAUCACCUCCACCACAUGCAGCUGUCCAGGAGCCUGCACCCACUGACCGUGCAGGAACAGAGAACUGCCCCACUGCUGAUGCUGCAGAGCUGUCACCUGGCAGGUCCCCGUCAACCCCCCGGCACCACCGCUACCGCCAGCCUGGAGGACAGACGGCUGACAAUGCCCAUUGCUCUGUGUCACCUGCCUCUGCGUUUGCAAUUGCCACGGCCGCAGCAGGACAUGGGAGUCCACCAGGAUUUAAUAACACGGAAAGGACAUGUGACAAGGAUUUCAUUAUUCGGAGGACGGCCACCAACCGCGUGCUAAACGUCCUGCGGCACUGGGUCUCAAAGCAUGCGCAGGAUUUUGAACUCAACAAUGAACUAAAGAUGAAUGUCCUAAAUUUGCUGGAAGAAGUUUUGCGAGACCCAGACCUCCUUCCCCAGGAAAGGAAGGCCACAGCCAACAUCCUCAGAGCUCUUUCACAAGAUGAUCAAGAUGACAUCCACCUGAAAUUAGAGGACAUCAUUCAAAUGACUGACUGCCUGAAGGCUGAGUGCUUUGAGACCCUGUCAGCCAUGGAGCUGGCAGAGCAGAUCACCCUCCUGGAUCAUGUGAUUUUCCGGAGCAUUCCCUAUGAGGAGUUCCUGGGGCAGGGCUGGAUGAAGGCGGAUAAGAACGAGAGGACGCCCUAUGUCAUGAGGACCAGCCAGCACUUCAAUGAUAUGAGCAACCUGGUGGCCUCUCAGAUAAUGAACUACGCAGAUGUCAGCUCCCGGGCCAACGCCAUUGAAAAGUGGGUGGCGGUGGCGGACAUUUGCCGCUGCCUGCACAAUUACAACGGUGUGCUGGAGAUCACCUCGGCCUUAAACAGAAGUGCCAUCUACCGGCUGAAGAAGACCUGGGCCAAAGUAUCCAAGCAGACAAAAGCUCUAAUGGACAAACUCCAGAAGACUGUUUCAUCUGAAGGAAGAUUUAAAAAUCUCAGAGAAACCCUUAAAAACUGUAACCCCCCUGCUGUUCCUUAUCUUGGGAUGUACUUGACAGACCUGGCAUUUAUCGAAGAAGGUACGCCAGACUUCACUGAGGAAGGCCUUGUCAACUUCUCCAAGAUGAGGAUGAUAUCGCACAUUAUCAGAGAGAUACGCCAGUUCCAGCAGACUUCCUACAGAAUUGACCAUCAGCCAAAG